UAUACCAAAAGGUUAUUGUAAGUAGCGCCGUGGAUCAUUUGGAAAAAAAAAUAUUGCCUUGGCGCCAAAAAUUAUUCCGAAUACCUCUUAUUUGAGGAAUUGUGGAUAAGUACAACUCAGAAUUGUUGAAGACGACAGAGAUGAGCUUGGCGAAAGAACAAAAGCAGUUGCGUGUUCUCGUUACAGGUGCUGGAGGCUUUAUCGGCUCCCAUCUUGCUAAGAAGUUGAAAGAAAAGGGCCAGUACGUUAUCGCAGCGGACUGGAAAGAAAAUGAGUAUUUUAAACAGGAAGAUUUUUGUGAUGAGUUUUUGCUAGUAGACCUUAGAGAGCUUCAAAACUGCUUGAAAGCUUCCAAGGACUGUGACCAUGUUUACAAUUUGGCUGCAGAUAUGGGUGGUAUGGGUUUUAUCCAAUCGAAUCACUCCGUGAUUCUGUAUAACAACACCAUGAUUUCGUUUAAUAUGCUGGAGGCAGCCAGAAGAAACAAUGUGAAGAGAUACUUCUAUGCAUCUUCUGCUUGCAUAUAUCCAGAAAACAAGCAAUUAGACCCUAAGAACCCAGGGCUGAAGGAGUCGGAUGCAUGGCCUGCACAACCACAGGACGCGUAUGGAUUGGAAAAGCUUGCAUCAGAAGAAAUGGCUAUUCAUUACGGUAGAGAUUUCAAGAUGGAGACGAGAAUCGGACGGUUUCAUAAUAUAUAUGGACCCUAUGGCACUUGGAAAGGUGGACGUGAGAAAGCUCCAGCUGCAUUUUGUCGCAAAUGUAUUGUUUCUGACACUGAGUUUGAAAUGUGGGGAGAUGGCGAACAGACUCGUUCAUUUUGCUAUAUCGAUGAUGCUGUCGAAGGAGUAAUUCGCUUGAUGGAAUCCGACUUCGCUGAACCCUUGAAUAUCGGUUCCGAAGAAAUGAUAUCUAUGAAUGACAUGGCCAAGCUUAUAAUGAAAUUUGAAAACAAAGAAUUGAAAAUCAAGCAUAUUCCUGGUCCUGAAGGUGUUCGAGGCAGAAAUAGCAAUAAUGAUCUUUGCAGGAAAGUUCUUGGAUGGGAGCCUAAAGUUGAUCUUGCAGAAGGUCUAAAAAGGACAUAUAUCUGGAUAAAGAGUCAAAUUGAGGAAGAAAGUGCUCAAGGAAAAAAGAAUGACGAAUACAAAACCUCGAAAGUUGUGCCUACUCAUUCUCCAACAGACUCUGUUGCAGCAAAACGCCGUGAUUAGAUUAGGUAUUCUAUGGAAGUAUUAGCCGGGGAACGAUUGAGUGAUACUCGAGUGUUGCAGCUUUCAAUAAAGCUUUGUGGAUUUUACUUUGUUUCUAGAGUUGCAGGAAUAGCUCGAGCAUUAGUCUUUUCAAUAGGUUUAUUAGAAAUAUGUAGAGGUCUGUUUACUGUACCCUUCCAGCUCAAGACUUUGAAACCUUUCCAAUCUAUUAUAUAUAUCCCAGUGUCUUUUACGAGGCACCAUCUCUUCAUUCAUCAACUCAUAUCUUUAUUAUUCCAUAAUCUAUUUUACUCUUCAACUGUCUGCAGAAGUAAAGCGUGACACGGAUUCCAUCAAAUCACUCCUUUGAAAGCGGCGACACUCUUCAUUUGGCGCAAUUUUGGGUAUUCUCGUUCGUCGUUGUUGUUCGUGUGUUUGGUUUUUGUUGCCUUGUUUAAGUCUUUGCAUACUUUCUUUAUAUAUAAGCAUUAGUUGAAUAUAUUUAGUUUCGGUGUCAAGUUUCUUUUACGCAAGUGAACCUGUUUUUUGGUCGAGCAACUUGUCUAGUGGCCGGUGGAAGUGGACCGGUCGUGGGGAUGUUUGGUUUCCUAUGCUCUCGAAACUGAUUGUUUUUGCCGCUGUGCGUAAUUUUGUUAGUUGUACAACCACAAGGAAACUCCCGCCUCCACUUAUACCUGA